GUCGUCGGUAAUCCCAUUUCCUGCUGAUGGUCUGGUAUUUUCCAUGAGCCUGUCAGUGUGUUAUUGUUUGUCUCAGCAGAUAAAACAGUCCUAACGUUCAUUUUAGGAUUUGCUUGCUUAUUUAUUUAUUUUUAUAAUUAUUAAAAAAAUAUCUGUGUUGGUUAGGGAACUUUUUUUUUUUUUUUUUGCAAUGUCCUCGCCGUUGGAAAUGACAGAGUUGUAUGACAACGCAUUGCUGGGAAUCUUGCAGCAUGUUGGAAACAUACAGAAUUUUCUGCAGAUCUAUUUUGGAUUUUUGUACAGAAAGACAGACUUUUAUCGCCUGCUGACUAGCCCCAAUGACAAAAUGGGGUUCCCACCUGGAGUGGCAGAGAAAAUGGUGCUAAAGACCUUUAAGUUGUUCGAGAAGCUGGCAGUGCAGGACAGAGAGAGGGCGAUGAAGCUGGCCGAAGAAGCCCGAGUUGUUCCCCCUGUAGUGGAGGAAAUCGAAGUUCAAUCGCAGCCAGAAAUUGCAGGACCUGCAGAACCCGCACAGGAAUCGAUAUCCGCUGAAGCUUCGUCCACAGAGCAAGUACCUGCAAGUGCAGCGUCUGCAGAUGGAAAUGAAGCCGAAGUGCAGCCUGCAGAGAGCGAACAACCAACAGCAGCGCCUGCGUCUGCAACAUCUGCAGCAUCUGCAGCAUCUGCGUCUGCAGCAUCUGCACCUGCACCGGCAGCCGGUUCAGAUUCUUCUGCAGCUGCGUCUGGCCAGGUCAGUUUCCAGGCAAACCCAGAUAGCUACAACGGUGCUGUCAGAGAAAAUUACAGCUGGUCACAGGACUACUCUGAUGUGGAAGUUCGGGUUUUUGUCCCGCCGAGCAUCGUCAAGGGCAGACAGGUGUCUGUCAGUCUUCAGGUUGGUGGCGUGCGUGUGGCAGUGAAGGAGGGAGCGUCCGAAAAAGUCCUGAUGGAAGGCGAGUUCACACACAAAAUCAACGCAGAGAAUUCUCUGUGGAGUCUGGAACCUGGCCACUGUGUGCUGCUGUCUCUGAGUAAAUGCGGGGAGGUGUGGUGGACCGCCGUGCUGAAAGGCGAGCAAGAAAUCGACGUAAACCAGAUCAACCGCGAGCGCUCCAUGGCCACCGUGGGUGAGGAGGAGCACGCCGUGUUGGACCGUCUCACCUUUGAUUACCAACAGAAACUGCAAGGAAAGCCCCAGAGCCACGAGCUGAAAGUUCACGACAUGCUGAAGAAGGGCUGGGAUGCAGAGGGAUCGCCGUUCAAAGGCCAGCAGUUUGAUCCGUCCAUGUUCGACAUACCGCCAAGCGCCGUUCAGUUUUGAACUGAAGAAUCAUUGGUAGAUGCUGGGAGAGAAAAGCCAAAAAUCUGUCUGCAUCGUAUACACUGAAACGUCAAGCACUGACAACUCUGGCGUUUACGGUAUGAUGGACAACAUGACAGCACUGCAGAAUUUGAAUUGCUAAAGCUGUAAAUACUCAGAUCAAUUUCCCAAAAGACGUGAGGAUUCAGUCAGACCUGGACAUAUAAUUAUUAUUUUUUUCAUUUCAGUGAUAUUGCAGUAAAUGCAUCAUCUAUUCACAUGGCAUAUGGGUUAUACCUUUCUAUAGGUUCUUGCUAAAAUAACUGACUGAAGUAAAUCUACUAAACCACUUCAGAAUUUUCUAGAAUAAGUAAACAACAUAAUACUUGUAUACAAGAUAUUACAGUGGGUUGGGUAUAUGUGUCAUCCUGCAGUUCUGCGCAUCACCAUAUGUUCUUGGGCCUUGUUGAGUAUUUGUCAGAUUUAGGAGUUUGACAUCUAAUGGACUUUCUGGUUUCGCUCUUAUUUCUGGUUUUCAUUCAGUAUUUUUGUUUUGUUUGCCUGAAUUUAAUAAAAUACAUUACAAAAAU